AUGAGGUUUCUGCAGACCGGCUUGCUCUUCCUCGCAGCAACUGUAGCUCGUGCUACAUUGCAGAUCGUCCCAGGCGCAACAUGGACCGCGACCAACACGCUUAAACAUGUUCAAGCCCACGGAGCUGGCGUAAUCCAGGUCGGCUCGACGUACUACCUCAUUGGCGAGGACAAGACCAACGGCAGCGCCUUUCAAAACAUCAACUGCUACUCGUCGACAAACCUGGUCGAGUGGACGUACGUGGGCGCGCUACUAUCGCAGACGUCGUCGUCGGGCGAUCUAGGCCCCAGCCGCGUCGUUGAGCGGCCCAAGGUCAUUUACAACUCGAGCACCAAAAAGUAUGUGCUCUACAUGCACAUUGACAGCAGCGACUAUAGCGAGGCCAAGGUCGGCGUCGCCACCUCGGACACGGUCUGUGGUGCCUAUAGCUACCUGGGCAGCUGGAGGCCGCUUGGCUACCAGAGCCGCGACAUGGGUCUUUUCCAGGACGACGACGGCAAGGCGUAUCUGUUGACCGAGGAUCGUGCCAACGGUUUACGCAUCGAUGCUCUCACCUCGGACUAUCUCAACGUAACGAGUGCGACUUACCUGUGGAGUGACUCGAUUGAGGCGCCAGCCAUCCUGAAGAAGAAUGGAUACUACUUCAUGUUUGGUAGCCACUUGACUGGCUGGAGUCCAAACGACAAUGUAUACUCCUACGCUACAUCCCUCUCGGGACCCUGGUCCUCAUGGGCCACCUUUGCCACGACAGGCUCCAACACGUACACGUCGCAGACAAACUACAUUCUGCCCUUUGGGUCCUCGGCCAUAUACAUGGGCGACCGCUGGGUCUCGUCCAACCUGAUGCGCAGCACCUACGUGUGGCUGCCGCUCAGCAUCUCGGGCACCACCGUCUCCAUGGCCAACUACGUGAACUGGGUGCCCAACGCGUCGGCGGGGACCUGGGCCGCCGGCCCAUCCGAGACCCAGCCCGAGGGCGAGUCGGCCACGCUCGCCGGCGGCGCCACGUCCGUGUCGUGCUCGGGCUGCUCGGGCACAAAGGCCGCGGGAUACAUUGGGGGCUCCUCGGGCGGCUCCGUCACUUUCAGCGGCGUGUCGAGCUCAGCCAGCACCAAGUCCACCAUUCGUAUAAAGUAUGAAAACGGUAAUACCGGCCAGCGCUUCGCCAAGGUAACGGUCAAUGGUGUGGCGCAGACGGUUGCCUUUUUGCCCAGCGAGGACGGCAAUACCCCGGCCAGCAGUGUCGUGCACGCUCAGCUCACCAGCGGAAGCAGUAACACGGUGGUCAUUGCCGGCGUUGGCGACGGGACCUAUGGGCCCGAUGUCGACCGAAUUAUGGUGCCGUCUAGUUGA